AUGACCAGGUUCGACAAAACAGAACUCAGACUUGUCAUUCUGAGGAUGUGUGUAGGGAAGUGCUCCCAAUUUAAUGGUAUCUGCCUAACCAUCCUGGCCCUACUAUCUAUAACAAUGAACCUUUUCCUCCUCUUCCCCAACCUCGAUGGAUCAUAUCUGAGAAAAGAUCAAAUCGGCAGCCAUGGUAGGAGGAUGCCAGGAGUUUGGGCUGGUGGAUUGAUGGUGCUUCUGGUGGGUAUACACUCCACAGUAAUUGGAUUUAAGGUGAAGAGACUCUCCUGCUGUGGAACUUGUUGUCAUAUGCUGCUGUCUGAUACUUUCUCCAUUCUGGCGAUGAUUGGAGCUGCAACUUCCCUUUUUAUCUCAGCUGCUGGAUUGUUCAGUGGUCCCUACUGCUUGUACCAGGUGGAAGGUGGAGCAGCGCUGGAGUGGGGUUAUCCAUAUAGAAUCAUUGCCUUUCCAGUCUUCAACACUAGCACAUCAAUCUCCUUACCUGACAUCUCCCCCAGGAAGACGACCUGCAUUGAACCACCAGAUAUAGAGACCUGGAACUCGCAUUUCUUCAUGGCCCUAUGCCUAACCAACAUAUUGCAGAUUGUCCUGUGCCUGUCCCAGUUGGUGAAUGCCAUCUUAGGCAUGCUUGUGGGGCAUUGUGACCGGAAGAAGCUACAUGAAGUGGAUGGCAAAUAG